AUGUGCUAUAGAGCUAUGAAUAAUUGUGGCUUCUUACUGGAAUACAAACUCUGGCCGGACUUCAUUGAUUGUUCGGAUACGGCCGAACGAAAUCGUGGAAGGCGCAUUUUUUCGGAUGGUUCAUGCAAGGUUUACCUCACGUUAUUUUCGCAAAUCUUCAUCGACGACUUUUGCAUCUAUUCCUUUACGCUUUCAUUGGUGUCAUCUGCGAUUUAUUGGUUUCUUUGGUUGCUGAGCUAUAACAAAGGAGUAGCGGAACGUGCAAUGUGCUUCAAUAAAUUACGACGUGAUGAAGCACUUUUACGGUAAGU